GCCCCCGGCGCGCACGAGGCGGCGGCGCGCGCCCUGGCCGCCGCGCCCGGCGCGCGGGAGGCGGCGCCGGCCGCGGGCGCGCGCGGCCCGGCGCCCUCGAGCCCGGGGGCCGGCGCAGGCGAGGGCGCGCGCGACGGGCUUCUGGACGACCACGAGAGGCCGGGGUGCGGCGUGGACCUGCAGGACUGCGACCCCCGCGAGGGCGGCGGACAGCUGCGCCCCCAGCUGCAGGAGCAACCUGCAAUUCGCGGGCGGCCUCCUGGCCGGCGCCCUGCUGGCCUUCGCGGCGGUGGGCGGCGCGGGGCUGUGGCGGCUCCGGCAGGAUCACGCCGACCUGCCGGUGUCACUGCGGGCACCGCUGCGGGGGGCGCUGCUGAACCCUGCGGCGGCAGGCGACGCGGUCGCGCGCGACCUCAUCUUCCUCACGGCCGAGACCAGGGGGAGGUCGCUGUUGGAGGCCGCCGGGGACUUCGCCGCGGGCUUCGGGGCGCCGGUGGUCAACGCGGGCCUCGGCAAGGAGUGGGUGAACUUCAAGACCAAGGUGGAGCUCCUGCGCGACUACGUCGUGGGCCUGCAGAGGGGGAGGGAGCGGCAGGGCAAGUCCAACAAGGACCACUUCGUCGCCUUCGUCGACGGGAAGGACGUGUUCUGGGGAGGGUGCUCGCCGGACGAUUUUAUGGGCGCGUACAAGAGGAUCGCCAGCGCCAGCGGUGCCAGCAUAGUGUUUGGGGCGGAGAUCGUGUGCGGGGAGCAGGACUGCAACCGGGUGCCGCGCGUCCCGCCCUGGGCCCUGGGCCUCGCUGGCGGGCGCGACCUGGAGGGCGGCUUCUGGGAGCUCUACAACGAGGGCUGCCACGGCACGUGGACCGACGAAUGCGCUGCCCGGAGGGACUGCGGCUUCUCCGCCCCCUGCGCAGAGCCACCGGCGGUGAAGUUCCUGAACUCCGGCUUCUUCAUGGGCCCCGUGGACGAGCUGGCCGCCAUGCUGGAGUGGUCUCUGGUGAACUACGACAACACGUCGGUCUACGGGGAUCAGUCCGUCUUCUCGAAGUGGUGGGAGCUGCACCCGGAGAAGCUCGCGCUGGACUACCUCGGCGAGCUCUCCCUCCAGCUGUCGGACCUGGACUGGCGGCUCCUCACCGCGGACAAGCGAACUGGCACCGUCUGGAACAAUGGCUUCGACCGGGUCCAGUGCCUCAUCCACGGCAACGGCAGGGGGUCCUACUUCGCGGCCAGCAUCCUGCGCCGCCUGACGGGCGGCUUCGACCAGCGCGAUCUCCGUGGCUGGGGGUCCGACUCGGAGCACGCCUCCUGA